UGACACUUAACCCUAUCAAUGCAUAUGUCAUGUGGACGUGCAAUGGACGUGUAUUGUGUACAUAAAUUGUGUUAUUCUUUGAUUUCUUGACCUCCAGCCCGGUGUUUUGAUAAACAUUUCUUUCAAUAUCUUAUAAUUUCUAUAGUUUACUUCAAGCAAUGCCAGGCCAGCCUUUUUUCUUAUCUUCCAAUUGUAGAUUUCAUAGUAAUUAGUAGUAUCUGUACUUACCUGCUAUUACCUACCUACUAAAGUUAAUAGCAAAUGUAUGUAAGCUGAAUAGUAAAUAUAAUUCGUUUUUGAUCAUGGGUUGAACAUUGAUCUAAUUAGGAGAAGAAGACAUGCAGGAUGAACGUCGACGUGGAAUAAUAAAUAUUUCCAGAUGCCGGAACUAACAGUGACUUCAGAGAUUUAUGGAGAAUAUAAUUAUAACACAAAAAUCACCCCACUUAUUGAAGGAAAUGUUAUUUCGGAAUUUCCAUUUUUGCUGCCUAAAAAUUACCAUAAACCUCAAUAUGAUGAUGAUGAAGACUUGGAUAUAGAAAGGCCAAAAAAAGAAGUUAUUAAAAUAGAACACAGCUCUAAAACAAAACUAGCCCUAGUUGGCUUACAAGUCUGGAGGGGAGCAUUCCUGAUAGGCGACUUGCUCAUCUAUUUAGGAGUGAAAGGAGCCCUUAAAGAAAAGACCAUUUUGGAACUAGGAGCUGGGACUGGAUUAACUAGUUUCAUUGCUGGAAUAUAUGCCAAGAAAGUAAUAUGUACUGAUAUAAACCUUGGUGGCAUAUUAGAUCUUAUUAAGCUCAACACCAAGUACAAUGAAAAGCUGAUAAAAGCAGAGUUUAGAGUGGACGCUUUGGACUUCACCAACAUGGCUUGGAGCCAGCAACUCUCAAAAGACAUCAGAGAUACUGACAUUAUCAUAGCAGCCGACGUUGUAUACGACGAUGACGUGACUGCCGCAUUCGUUGCAACGGUCCAAAAGAUCCUCAACACUAACUCACCGAAAACCCUAUACAUGGCAUUAGAAAAGCGCUACGUCUUCACGAUAGAACACAUGGACUCCGUCGCGCCGUGUUACGAGACAUUCCUAAGUCUGCUCGAUAAAGUGAAGAAUGGAUCCAAUUGGACCGUAGAGCAGAUGACUUUAGACUUUCCUGAAUAUUUCACGUACGAUAGGGUCAAGGAGCUGGUCCUAUGGAAAAUAUCGUCUGCCUAGUUUUAAAUGAGAUCUGUGAUCAUAGGUAGGUAAACAAAUAAAUAUUUAUAAACUGAAUUAGAUACUAUACACUAAAGAAAAAGCGAUCAACAUACA